AUGAAGAGGUUAAUGGUGGUGACUUUCUUGAUUUUAAAAGUAAGACCUGUGACGAGGCUCGUAAAGUUCACUAAGAAGUGUAAAGAUAAAAAGUUGAGGGCUUUUUCAACAUACUGCAGUUUAAAGGAAGUGUUGACGAAAUAUAACAUUGGUGGUAAUAGUACAGAUACCAUUCCACUAUUUUCUCUACAAACCUACGAAAUUAAAGACUCUGAUAAGCACUUUGAGCAUUGUAUGGCGGAAAUUUUAAUUAGGCUAAAAAAUUACGGGUCUUUGAUCGUGAAUAGUUUGAAAGCUAUGUGCAAUGAGUACGUCGUGAUGUUUCUUCAUACUGCAAUCAAUAUUACAAGAGAUUCUACAGGGAAAGAGCUCAGUAUGAGACCUGAGUACAAAGUAAUUGGUGAUGAUAGCACAGGACAGGUCGACUUUGCAAUCAAGACAAACCAAAGCGAAAUAUAA